UCUAGCUCGGUUUGUUUACACACCUAUUCGGCUCACCUCUUCGUGGACAUAGUUCAUUCGUUCCUUCCAUCGUUCAGCACACCCGCAGGCUCUCCACGGCCCUCCGCGCCGGACACGCCCCAAUCAGAUCCGGCCAUCGUUCUGCCGCGACUCCACCUCCGUUACUUCUCCCUCCCCGUCCUCGUCGUCACCAACCCCCUGGACUGGUGCGGAGCGGAGAUCCAUCCGGAUUUUGAGUUGAUUUCUUCUUCUUUCGGUGCUGAAAUAAUUCUGGCCAAACCUAAUAAUGGCUAUGAUCGAUGAGCCUCUGUACCCGAUUGCUGUACUGAUUGAUGAACUGAAAAAUGAAGAUAUUCAGUUACGUCUGAACUCCAUCAGAAGACUUUCUACUAUUGCCCGGGCACUUGGUGAAGAAAGAACAAGGAAAGAAUUAAUUCCCUUCCUUAGUGAAAACAAUGAUGAUGAGGAUGAGGUGCUUCUUGCAAUGGCGGAAGAGUUGGGUGUGUUUAUUCCUUAUGUUGGAGGUGUAGAGCAUGCGCAUGUUUUGCUUCCCCCAUUGGAAACUUUGUGUACUGUGGAGGAGACCUGCGUCAGAGAUAAGGCAGUUGAGUCGUUGUGUCGAAUUGGAGCACAGAUGAAGGAAAUUGAUAUUGUGGACUGGUUCGUCCCUGUUGUAAAGAGGUUGGCGUCUGGUGAGUGGUUCACAGCUCGAGUAUCGUCAUGUGGCCUUUUUCACAUCGCCUAUCCUAGUGCAUCUGAACCACUGAAGGCAGAAUUAAGGACCAUUUAUGGCCAGUUAUGCCAAGAUGACAUGCCUAUGGUAAGAAGAGCUGCUGCAUCAAAUCUUGGAAAGUUUGCUGCAACAGUUGAACAGGGCAAUUUGAAGACAGAAAUCAUGUCAAUAUUUGAUGAUUUAACUCAAGAUGACCAAGAUUCGGUGCGACUAUUGGCAGUUGAGGGUUGUGCUGCUCUUGGGAAGUUGUUAGAGCCCCAAGACUGUGCAACACAUAUUCUUCCAGUUAUUGUAAAUUUCUCUCAGGAUAAAUCGUGGCGCGUGCGUUAUAUGGUGGCCAAUCAAUUGUAUGAGCUCUGUGAAGCUGUUGGUCCUGAGCCUACAAGGGCUGAUCUGGUACCUGCAUAUGUUCGCCUUCUUCGUGAUAACGAAGCUGAAGUGCGAAUUGCAGCUGCUGGAAAAGUUACAAAAUUUUGCAGGAUAUUAAGCCCACAACUCGCUAUCCAACAUAUUCUCCCAUGUGUCAAGGAAUUAUCAUCAGAUUCAUCGCAGCAUGUCCGUUCAGCAUUGGCUUCAGUUAUUAUGGGGAUGGCCCCUGUAUUGGGAAAGGAUGCCACGAUUGAGCAACUUCUUCCAAUUUUUCUCUCUUUGCUGAAGGAUGAGUUUCCUGAUGUUCGACUCAACAUAAUAAGCAAACUUGAUCAAGUUAAUCAGGUUAUCGGAAUCGACUUGCUAUCGCAAUCACUUCUACCAGCUAUUGUAGAACUUGCAGAGGAUAGGCACUGGAGAGUUCGGCUUGCCAUAAUUGAGUACAUACCUUUGUUGGCAAGUCAGUUAGGUGUUGGAUUUUUUGAUGACAAGUUAGGGGCACUUUGCAUGCAGUGGUUGGAAGAUAAGGUUUUCUCAAUCAGAGAUGCUGCUGCCAACAACUUGAAGCGUUUGGCCGAAGAAUUCGGCCCUGACUGGGCAAUGCAGCAUAUAAUCCCUCAGGUUCUGGAGAAGAUAAACAACCCACAUUAUCUGUAUCGAAUGACCACUUUGCAAGCUAUUUCUUUGCUGGCCCCCAUCAUGGGUGCUGACAUUACAUGCCAACAGCUGCUCCCUGUUGUCAUCGCUUCCUCAAAGGACAGGGUGCCAAACAUUAAAUUCAAUGUCGCCAAAGUUCUGCAGUCACUCGUACCCAUCCUUGAUCAAUCUGUUGUGGAGAAGGCAGUGAAACCAUGCCUUGUUGAGCUCGGUGAGGACCCAGAUGUAGAUGUAAGGUACUAUGCAAACCAGGCCCUUCAGGCAUGUGACCAAAUGAUGAUUUCAAGCUAACUAGCCUUUGUCCUGUAUGUAAAUGAUUCCCCGUAGUCCAUUUUUUUAAUACUUUAAAGUGCUCUUUAGUCUUGAUAGUUUAUUCUAGCUCCAAUGACCUUGACAUCAAUAAUUUACAGUUUGUGUUAAAUAUGUAGUUUUUUGGUUUAGGUUUUGUUAAGUUGUUGGAUUUAAUCGACUUUGGGGGAAUUAGUUUUUGUAUACUGGACAUUAUGUGCGAUUGAACUUUGUUACUGUCUUGUCUUGUUA